AUGUUGGGCGGCCAGGGCUCGUCGGGCCGCAAGGGAGACGAGCGAGACAUCACCGGCCCUCGACCCGACUCCAGCAACAGAGUCACCAAGUCCACCAAAGGCGACCAGCCAUCCAAGACGGCCCAGAAUUUGGCCCGCUAUCUCACUUCGGACGAGCAGUCCCGCCAGUUCGUGGCCGACGAGGACAAGUUCGUGCUCAGACAGUCCAAGAAAAAGGCCGACAUCCGCGUCCGCGAGGGCCGGGCCAAGCCCAUCGACUAUCUCACCUUCAACCUCCGAUACAUGGAGGAGCAUCGCGACGCCUUUGAUGACCAGGAUGACGACCUCGACAUCGAUCUCAAAGACCCAGCAGCGUACAUUGAGAGCCUUACCCGCGCCCAGAUUACCGAACUCAUGGGCGACAUUGCCUCGUUUCUUACCCUCGAGGUGGACGCAUCCAACCGCCAGUAUUGGGAGGCUCUACGCACGAUCUGCGCCAUGCGAGACUUUGACCUGGAUCCUGUCAGACGAGAGGAAAAGGACCGCGCGUACGGAGUCACCGCCGACGUACUCUCCGAGAACCUCAAGGGACAAUCGUCCGUAGGGCUCGACAUGUAUGAGACUCGAAUUCGGGCCGCCCUCGCCGGUGAUAAGUUCAUCGACAGAGAGUAUCAGUCGUACGUACUUGAGGAUGUUUUGUUCUACAAAGCCAAAAAGGUCGUCGAGGGCAUCUUCAACAAGAUGUCGGAAUCGCGAGAGAAGCUGCUCAAGGAGCGGGGCCCGAUCGCACGAUCCAGCGCAAAGGCAGCGGUCGUUGGCCAGCCGGAUGAAACAGCGGAUGCUGCUGCCAUCGCCGAAGAAAAGGCCGUUGCGGUGUCUGCGAAUGCUUCCGCCGCAGGCAACGAAGAUGCGUCCCUGGCAACCAAAGCCCUCUACGAUAGAGAGGCAGCCCAGGGUUUGCUCGAGAACGAAGAGGUCUUCACCACCGAAGCCGCCAUUCCUGACCGGAAGAAGCCAGAGUGGGCUGGCAGGUACAAGGCACGGAAGCCACGCUACUUCAACCGUGUCCAGAUGGGCUACGAGUGGAACAAGUACAACCAGACACACUUCGACCAUGACAAUCCGCCGCCCAAGGUUGUCCAGGGCUACAGGUUCAACAUCUUCUACCCCGACCUUGUCGACAGCACCAAGACUCCGACAUACAAAAUCUUUCGCGAGGGCGGACGCAAGCGGGGCGAGUCGCAUGCAAAGGCCGGAGAGGAGGACACCUGCCUCAUUAUCUUCAUUGCGGGACCCCCGUACGAGGACAUCGCUUUCCGCAUCGUUGAUCGCCAGUGGGACUUCAGUGCGAAGAAAGAGCGCGGCUUCAAGAGCACCUUUGACCGAGGCAUUCUCCAGCUGCACUUCAACUUCAAGAAGAUAUUCUACCGCAAGUAA